AUGGCCGUCGCUCUGCGGCGUGCAGCACCGUUGAAGCCAGAAAUUAGGCUAGCUCAGGCCAUGUCUGAAUAUGAGAGCCUCCUCAACGACGACCAGAAAGCAACCAUGAGGAUCUACAGAAGCGGGCAACCUCCACGCCCUUCGGAUGUGAUGAGGCUCACAGCAGAGAUCGACAGGAGCCACAGCAGGCGGAAGAGCCGAUGUGUCGGCACUCGCUUGACUAACAUCUUGCAUUGUUUGCAGCAAUUCUCCGCAGUGGUCGAUACCGUCGUGGGAGGCUCCCAGUGCUUGAUCGCUAGUGGCAUCUGGGCAGUUUUCAAGCUCACUCUGUAUUUGGCUCUGGAAUGGGCGUCGUACUUCGAGAAGUUGUCGACUCUUUUGAUGGAUGUCGGCCGAUCUUCUCCAAGAUACCAGGAAUUGGGCGUUCUCUACAGCGCUUCGACAGCGCUUCGAAAGGUCCUUUGCGAGUACAUGGUUCUGGUCAUUGAUCUGUCCUUUCGAAGCAGAAUUCAGCCACUUCAGAGGCUCCCUGACAGCUUGGCGGAUGCCGUACGCAUGGAGGUCAACAUAGCCUCUGCUAAGGAGCAACAGCUCGAGAUCAAAGACAAUGCGACUUUUCGCUCCUUCGUUGGCCGGUUCUCAGAUAAGGUUGCUCGUGAACUUCAAGAAGCCAGCAAUUUGCGAAGGCGCAAGAAGAAAAUGCAUUUCCUCGAUGCCUGUUCUUCCUACAAAUACGACACAGCUUGGAAGCAAGCCCGAAAAUCCGGUACGACCAACUGGAUAUUCGAGAACCAGCAGUAUAAGCACUGGUUUCAGGGCGGGAAGUCAAGUCUGCUCUGGUGCACUGGUAUCCUAGGCGUUGGUAAAACCGUCCUCUCUGCGAAUGUGGUCGAAAACCUGUCCAUUCAGACAUCAACUGCUGGCAUCGGAACUAUUAUCGGCAGCGUGAUCCGACAACUGCUUGGACCCCUCGAGAUCGAUGCUUUUGAGGGCCUCGCAUCUGGGACUGGCCCAGAAUUGGACGAAUGCCAAAUGCUCAACCAACUACAACGACUGCUUCCAGUUCACCAACAACGAUAUUUCAUAGUCCUGGACGGUCUCGAUGAAUGCACACUCACAGAAUUGAAGAAUACGGUACGGUUCUUGAACGACCUUAUGGAAGGGCAACAUGAAAUUCACCUGUUCUGUUCAAGUCGACAGGGCCUGUAUCAAGAUAUAGCUGGGAUCCUAAAGCCCCAGUAUCACGUCUCAUGCACCGAAUCGAACCCCGAAAUCACGCAGUACAUCGAGAACGCGCUCAGAGGACUCCUCGAAUCAGGAGAGCUCUCUUUGGGUGACCCCAAGCUCAUAUUGACGAUCCGAGAUGCACUAGUUAAUGGAAGCCAAGGAAUGUUCCUUUGGGUUGUAUUUCAGCUCAGCUCAGUAUGCACCGGAGCGACGGAUGAGGCCAUUCUGGGGGCCCUCAAGCACCUCCCUCGGGACUUGCCAGAGACCUUUCGGAGAAUAUUGCAGAAGAUGAGUUGUGCGGGCUUCACAUCACAAGGCCUCCACAGAAGGGUUUUCCAGAUUGUAGCCGCCGCUCAAAGACCGUUGGCAUUGCAAGAGCUUCGAGAAGCUAUCAGUGUCGUCCCCGGCGAAACAGUCUGGGACCCAAAAAGGCUGGUCAAUGAUAUUCAGAAAACCGUGAACUCCUGUGGCGGCCUGCUGCUGGUGGACGAAGAGCACUUGACCGUCCAUUUCGCGCGCCAUAGCGUCAAGCAGUAUCUCCUUGCCGACUGCAGCGAAGACAUUGACUAUGUAUAUCACGUGUGUGCACCUGUUGCUGAUGAGCGGCUGGGCGAGAUAUGUGUGACAUACCUGCAUUUUGAUCACCUCGAGGCACAGCUAACUCAAGUCAAUACCUCGUCAUCUUUGCAAGCAAAGACUUUGCCCUUGGCGAUUGUCCGCCGAGCGUUACCACCGUCGGUCAUCGGCAGAAUAGCUCUGAAAUUGUUGACAGAUGAAGCGCAGGUUGAUUUUGAUCUGCCUGCUCAGCUAAAGACAGUCAUGGACCUUUCGGCAGAAAAGAGAAAUGAUGGACACUUGGGUCAUGCAUUUCUAACUUACGCUCAAGAGUAUUGGCUCCUCCACUCUCGAAAUUUCUCAGCCGUCACCGGCGUUUACGACCUCUGGCGUAGACUUGUACAAGGGCAAAGAUCAACGGUAUCUCCACCAUGGCGACAAGCUGGAGGUCAAAGUGGAAUUGAGAAGGAUUUAUGGGAAUGGGCCGUUCUCAACGAUCAGAUGGCCAUCUGCCGGUGCCUAGUCCCGAUAAUGAUAUCCGAACUCGCUUUGCCCCAUAAGAGAAUGGAGAGACUGGAGAGACUAGAGUCUAUGUUCAUCAAAUUCAGAGGAAAACCCUCCUUUUCCGACGGCAUGUUCUUUGCAUCGAUUUUCAACUUGGCGUUGAACCGGCAUCUCCACGAAACACUCUCCCUCCUCCGCAAAGUCACCGACAUCGAGGCUCUGGAUGUGUUCGGUAACCAGAUGCUGUCAACUGCCGCAGCUGUUGGCAAUGAGAAGGUCUUUGACAUGCUCUUGACGCAGGGGGCGGACGUGAAUGCGAGAGACUCCAACGGUCGGACGGCGUUGUUCAGGGCUGUCAAUGGACGGCAAGAAGCGAUUGUGAAGUUAUUACUUGCACGGGACGACGUCGAUGUCAAUAUACCACCUUGCGACUUGGGCUCACCAUUGUCUCUAGCGGCCAACAUGUCCGAUGAUCACUUUUUGAAGUUGUUGCUGGCACGGACAGAUAUCGAUCAACGAGCAGCCGACUCAUCUGGCGACACCCCAAUCUAUAAAGCCAUAUUGUUUAGCGAUGUGGAAGGAGUGCGAAAACUUUUGGACCACCCAAACAACGAUCUGUCUAUGCUUCGGAAUUCUGUAAGCGGUGACUCGGUGUUGAUGGCCGCGGCACGGAAUGGUUUAAUAAGUCUCACUCACGUCUUACUAGAACGAUGUCCUUCCAUUCUGAACUGGAAGUACAAGCACGAGCUAACAGCGCUCGCGUAUGCAGCAUUGUUAGGUAGAACACAUGUAUUGAAGUUGCUCUUGAGUUGCGACGGCAUUGACGUGAACACGAGGGACAAGCAAGGACAGACCCCUAUGGAUCUGGCUGUUCGCCAUGGACACAAUGACAUUGUCGAGAUUUUGGAACGCGACCCGCGGACUAUCAGAAGCACUAUGCAAAGCACUUCUAACUUACCAUCAUCACAAUUGCCUGCCGACGCUCGUUCCCCGACCACGUACUCUGAUGGUCAUGGGAGCGAUGCGGAUUCAAUAGUCGAAGAGGUCACUGAACUUGAUCUUACCAAAGCAUUUGAAGAGCCAGUGAACGAAGACUAG